GCCGACGCUGUGAAAUUACCAAACCGGGCGGAGGAUGGCAAGUCCGGCCACGGCUUCUCCGUAACCUUCACGAGCAGCAACCGGAGGACGCCGAAUGCCGAACUGAAGGAAUGUGCCAUUUCACUGACACGGUGUAGCAAAGUAACGUUAGGAGGUCAGAUCGGAUGGUUGGAGCUUCUGCUGGCGAAGUUUACGCGCUGAAUUCGCAAUUACUCGCCAUAAUGAAUACUUGAAUGAAUGACGCCGCCGCUUAACAGGUUCCGCAAGCAGAUAGGCUGUUUGAUGAGGAAUUGGAAGAAGAAUUGAAUGUGAAAAAUCUCGGAGAAGGCAGACUUUGUCCUGAUAGAUUUUUUUAUUUUUCGUUUUUUUGGGGGAAACAUUCUGACUGUGGAUGUGAGUCUUAGCGCAUCAGUUAAAGCCCAGAAGACAGCGCUGGAGGCAUCAGGAUAACCGGGAGAUCCAGUUUAAAUGAGGAGAUGUGAGAACCCUUGUGAAGCUUUGACCUGCAAGCUAGCCUUCAACAACAAAAAGGCGAAGGUCUCCUCCCUUCUUCCUAUCAUCCGUUCUCUCUGCUCCCUCGGCAGUUUCCUCACAGGCCCGUCAAACAUGGAGGGCCGGCAUGUGACACGCAGAACUUUAUCACCUAACCCUAAAUUGGGAGCAAUAGCUACUCUACACUUCUGGCUCUUAGCAAUCCCUGUCUUGUGCAACGGGCAGACUUUCACUAGUUUCCACCCUGAACGUCGGGACUGGGUGUUCAACCAUCUGACAGUUCACCAAACCACAGGCGCACUAUAUAUCGGAGCGGUCAACCGUGUGUACAAGCUCUCAGGCAACCUGACCCUCCUUGUUUCCCAUGACACAGGCCCUGAGGAUGACAACAAGGCCUGCUACCCCCCUCUGAUUGUCCAGCCCUGUUCUGAGCCUCUUGUCUCUACCAACAAUGUCAACAAGCUUCUGCUUAUUGAUUAUUCCCAAAAUCGGUUGCUGGCCUGUGGCAGCCUCUACCAGGGUGUCUGUAAACUCCUCAGAUUGGAUGACCUGUUUAUCUUAGUGGAGCCCUCCCACAAAAAAGAGCACUACCUCUCCAGUGUCAACCAGACUGGGACCAUGUAUGGGGUCAUUGUGCCUUCGCAGGGCCAGGAUGGCACCCUGUUCAUUGGCACGGCAGUAGAUGGCAAACAGGACUACUUUCCCACUAUCUCCAGUCGAAAGUUGCCCCGUGACCCUGAAUCUUCUGCUAUGCUCGACUAUGAAUUGCACACUGAUUUUGUGUCCUCCCUCAUCAAGAUACCAUCAGACACGCUGGCACUGGUCUCCCACUUUGACAUCUACUAUGUUUACGGCUUCGCCAGUGGCAGCUUUGUUUACUUCCUGACCGUUCAACCUGAGACGCCGGAGAACAGCAUGUCAUCGAGCGGAUCCAGCAGUGAUCUCUUCUACACUUCCCGCAUCGUCCGCCUCUGCAAAGAUGACCGCAAGUUUCACUCCUAUGUCUCCCUGCCUGUUGGCUGUGUAAAGAAUGGCAUUGAGUAUCGGCUACUGCAGGCUGCCUACCUCGGCAAGCCGGGCCGAGUGCUUGCUGCCUCUCUCAACAUCAGUGCCCAAGACGACGUGCUCUUUACCAUCUUCUCGAAGGGCCAGAAGCAGUUCCAUCGUCCGCCGGAUGACUCAGCGCUCUGUGUCUUCACCAUUCGAGACAUCAACGCACGAAUUAAGGAGCGCCUGCAGUCCUGCUACCAGGGAGAAGGAAACCUGGAACUCAACUGGCUCCUUGGGAAGGAUGUGCAAUGCACCAAAGCGGUGAUGCCCAUUGAUGACUCUUUCUGCGGUCUGGACAUCAACCAGCCACUUGGCGGUUCUCAGCUGGUCACCGGCCACACUCUCUACACCGAGACUCGAGAUCGCAUGACUUCCGUGACCUCCUACGUCUACAAUGGCUACUGUGUAGCUUUUGUGGGAACCAAGAGUGGACGUCUGAAGAAGGUGAGUACCACCGUCUAUCCUUUCCUCAUCCAGCAGUUAAAGGCCUCUUGUGUCACGGUGAGGGUAGAGGGAUAG